CUCCAGGAGACUAUGAUUCGGAGACAAAAUUACAAACUACCGUUGUGAGUUUGUUAAAUAGUUCCGAUUUCCCGCCAAUCGAACCAAACUUCAAUCCACAGUCGCACCAUGGCCUUCUCUGCAGUGCUCAGAGCUUUCUUGAUUCUCAUCUCUCUUCACUACAGAAAAUCGUCAGCUCAGGUGGAUAUCGCCAUCAGCGACGGCCCAGCCCCUUCUCCUUCUUUCUCCUCCUCGCCUCUGGUCCCGGCUUUGUUCGUUAUCGGCGACUCCUCCGUCGAUUGCGGGACCAACAAUUUCCUCGGCACGUUUGCUCGGGCGGACAGGCCUCCCUACGGCCGAGAUUUCGACACCCAUCAGCCCACUGGCCGUUUCAGCAACGGAAGAAUCCCUGUGGAUUAUCUGGCAUUGCGUCUUGGGCUUCCUUUUGUUCCGAAUUAUCUUGGGCUGAGAGGCUCUGUUAAAGACAUGAUUCGGGGCGUGAAUUAUGCUUCUGCAGGAGCAGGGAUCAUCUUCUCCAGCGGUUCAGAACUGGGUCAGCAUAUCUCACUCACACAGCAGAUUCAGCAGGUGACAGACACGUUUCAGCAGUUUACACUAAGCAUGGGUGAAGAAGUUGCAUCUGAUCUCAUCUCAAAAUCUGUCUUCUACAUUUCUAUGGGGACCAAUGACUACAUACAUUACUAUCUUCGUAACGUGUCGAAUGUUCAAACGCUCUACCUUCCAUGGAGAUUCAACCAGUUCUUGGCACAGACUAUGAAGCGGGAGAUAAAGAACCUGUACAAUGAUAAUGUGAGGAAAGUGGUUGUGAUGGGGUUGGCACCAAUGGGUUGUGCACCUUAUUAUCUGUGGAUGUACCCUGAAACAAAUGGGGAGUGUGUUGACAUGAUAAAUGACAUGAUUCUUGAAUUCAACUUUGAAAUGAGACAAAUGGUUGAAGAACUUGCUCAGGAGCUUGUCGGUGUGAGGAUCAUCUUCUGUGAUGCAUUUCAAGCCUCAAUGGACAUUAUGGAGAAUCACGACCGUUAUGGUUUCAAUGUAACAGCAGAAGCAUGCUGCGGUUUUG